CAGCCCAGCCCGGCCCGGCCCGGCCCGGAGCGGAGCGCGCUGCCCCGGCAGUCCCAGCAGCCGCCAAGCUGGAGGAGCGACGGAAGCCGGAGCCCCGGAGGAUGGAGGAUGAGGCAGUGCUGGACAGAGGGGCUUCCUUUCUUAAGCAUGUAUGUGAUGAAGAAGAAGUGGAAGGUCAUCACACUGUCUACAUCGGGGUCCAUGUGCCUAAGAGCUAUAGGAGGAGGAGACGUCAUAGAAGAAGACCUGGGCACAAGGAGAAGAGAGAGAGAGAGAAAUUCUCUGAGAAUUACUCUGACAAAUCAGACGUAGAAAAUGCUGAUGAGACAAGCAGCAGCAUCCUUAAACCACUCAUUUCCCCUGCCGCUGAGCGCAUCCGUUUCAUCUUGGGUGAGGAAGAUGACAGCCCUGCGCCCCCUCAGCUCUUCACUGAACUGGAUGAGCUUUUGGCUGUUGAUGGACAAGAGAUGGAAUGGAAGGAGACUGCAAGGUGGAUUAAGUUUGAAGAAAAAGUGGAAGAAGGUGGAGAGAGAUGGAGUAAACCCCAUGUUGCUACACUGUCCUUGCACAGCUUGUUUGAACUGAGGACAUGUAUAGAGAAGGGAUCUAUCAUGCUGGAUAUGGAGGCCUCAACUCUCCCUCAGGUGGUGGAGAUGAUUGUUGAUAAUCAGAUUGAGACGGGACUUUUGAAACUGGAUAUGAAGGACAAGGUUACCUACACGCUGCUCAGGAAGCAUCGGCACCAGACUAAGAAAUCCAACCUGCGCUCUCUGGCUGACAUCGGGAAGACCGUCUCCAGUGCAAGUAGGAUGUUUACCAACCCUGAUAAUGGCAGUCCAGCCAUGACUCAUAGAAAUCUGACUUCCUCCAGUCUGAAUGACAUUUCUGACAAACCUGACAAAGAGCAGCUGAAGAAUAAAUUUAUGAAGAAAUUGCCCCGGGAUGCUGAGGCUUCCAAUGUGUUGGUUGGUGAGGUAGACUUUUUGGAAAGCCCUUUCAUUGCCUUCGUUCGGCUGCAGCAAGCAGUUAUGCUGGGUGCUCUGACAGAAGUCCCCGUACCUACCCGAUUUCUAUUCAUUUUGCUGGGUCCUAAGGGCAAAGCUAAAUCCUAUCAUGAGAUUGGUCGAGCCAUUGCCACUUUGAUGUCUGAUGAGGUGUUCCAUGACAUUGCCUAUAAAGCCAAAGACAGGCAGGACCUGAUUGCUGGAAUUGAUGAGUUUCUUGAUGAAGUCAUUGUGCUUCCACCUGGCGAGUGGGACCCAGCUAUCAGGAUAGAGCCCCCCAAGUCUCUCCCCUCUUCUGAUAAAAGGAAGAACAUGUAUUCAGGUGGUGAGAAUGUACAGAUGAAUGGAGACACACCGCACGAUGGGGGCCAUGGAGGUGGUGGCCACGGUGAUUGUGAAGAACUACAGCGAACUGGCAGAUUUUGUGGUGGCUUAUUCAAAGAUAUAAAAAGGAAAACACCUUUCUUUGCCAGUGAUUUCUAUGAUGCUUUAAAUAUCCAAGCACUUUCAGCCAUUCUCUUCAUCUACCUGGCCACAGUAACCAAUGCUAUCACAUUUGGAGGACUGCUGGGCGAUGCUACAGACAACAUGCAGGGUGUGCUGGAGAGCUUUCUGGGCACAGCAGUCAGCGGAGCCAUCUUUUGCCUUCUUGCUGGUCAGCCACUCACAAUUCUGAGCAGCACAGGACCUGUCCUUGUCUUUGAAAGACUUCUCUUUAAUUUCAGCAAAGACAAUGACUUUGAUUACUUGGAGUUUCGUCUCUGGAUCGGCCUUUGGUCUGCCUUCCAAUGUCUCAUUCUGGUUGCAACUGAUGCCAGCUUCCUGGUGAAAUACUUCACUCGCUUCACAGAAGAAGGGUUUUCCUCCCUGAUUAGCUUCAUCUUCAUUUAUGAUGCUUUCAAGAAGAUGAUCAAGUUAGCAGACUAUUACCCAAUCAAUUCCCAUUUUAAAGUGGACUAUAUCACCCAAUAUUCUUGUGCCUGCCUGCCACCAGACCCAGUUAAUAGCUCACUAUUUAAUGAGACAACAGAGCCAACAUCUACCUGGUUGACUAGAUCCUCUGCUGAGAUGUUCAACAGUACUAUUGACUGGUCAUCUCUGGCAAAGGAGGAGUGUUUGAAAUAUGGAGGACAGCUUGUAGGCAAUAACUGCAAAUAUGUACCUGAUAUCAGCCUCAUGUCUUUUAUCCUCUUCUUUGGUACCUACACCUGCUCUAUGGCCCUGAAGAAAUUCAAGACCAGUCACUAUUUCCCAACCACUGCCAGGAAGCUCAUCAGUGACUUUGCCAUUAUCUUGUCCAUUCUGAUUUUCUGUGGAAUAGAUGCUCUGGUAGGUGUGGAUACACCAAAACUAAUUGUGCCAAGUGAAUUUAAGCCGACCAGUCCCAACAGAGGCUGGUUCAUUCCACCAUUUGGAGGAAAUCCCUGGUGGGUUUACCUUGCAGCUGCCAUCCCUGCUCUGCUGGUGACUAUUCUUGUCUUCAUGGACCAGCAAAUAACAGCUGUCAUUGUCAACAGGAAAGAACAUAAACUUAAGAAAGGUGCUGGAUAUCAUCUGGACUUGUUUUGGGUGGCUGUUCUGAUGAUCGUCUGUUCCUUCAUGGGCCUGCCUUGGUAUGUUGCUGCUACUGUGAUCUCCAUUGCACACAUUGACAGCUUGAAGAUGGAGACAGAAACCUCAGCGCCAGGAGAACAACCCAAGUUUCUGGGAGUAAGGGAACAGAGGGUAACUGGUAUCAUUGUGUUUGUUCUGACUGGUGUGUCUGUUUUUAUGGCUCCCAUCUUGAAGUUUAUUCCCAUGCCUGUGCUCUAUGGGGUGUUCCUGUACAUGGGCGUUGCUUCUCUCAAUGGAGUGCAGUUCAUGGACCGUCUCAAGCUGCUUCUGAUGCCUCUGAAACAUCAGCCUGACUUUAUCUACCUGCGUCAUGUCCCUUUGCGCCGGGUCCACCUAUUUACGUUCCUGCAGGUGGUCUGUCUGGCUCUCCUGUGGAUACUCAAGUCAACUGUGGCUGCUAUCAUAUUCCCAGUCAUGAUCCUGGCACUUGUUGCAGUGAGAAAAGCCAUGGACUACCUCUUUUCCCAGCAUGACCUCAGUUUCCUUGAUGACAUCAUUCCAGAAAAGGACAAGAAAAAGAGAGAGGAUGAGAAGAAGAAAAAGAAGAAGAAGGGCAGUCUGGACAGUGACAAUGAUGAUUCUGACUGCCCCUACUCAGAAAAAGUCCCAAGUAUUAAAAUUCCAAUGGACAUCAUGGAACAGGAACCUUUCCUAAGUGAUAGCAAACCUUCCGACAGAGAAAAAUCACCAACAUUCCUUGAGCGCCAUACGUCGUGCUGAAAAAAUUCCUUUUCUUCAGUCACACACUAUGCCAAGCUCUCCACAUACUCCAGUGAAAGUUGUGCCUCAAAUUAGAAUAGAACUUGAGCCUGAAGACAAUGGUUAUUUCUGGAGGAGCAAGGGAA